UUGGCCAAGAGGCAUCUAGUAACUCUCUUGUGACGUCAUAGCAGCUCAUCGCUGAUUGGCCGAGAGCGAAUUGGAACGACAUUUAAGGGACUUGAAAACCUCCUGAAAUUUUUAAGUGAAUGUUGAAAAUCAGUGAUCGACAUUAGAGUAGGUAACCUAGGGGUGAGCUUACGUAGCAUUCAAGAUGCGACAGCAAGCCUCCCCAUAUGCUGCUCUGGAAGGGCAGUAUGAACUCCAUGAAACCAUUGGAUCAGGAGGCUUUGCAAAAGUGAAGUUGGCAACCCAUGUGUUAACAGGAGAGAAAGUUGCUCUCAAGAUUAUGGAUAAAAGACAACUUGGGGAAGAUUUGCCACGCAUACAUUUGGAAAUUGGUGCAAUGAAACAGCUGGCACACCAACAUGUGUGUAAACUUUAUCAGGUUCUUGAGACUGACACAAAAAUAUUCAUGGUUCUUGAGUAUUGUCCAGGAGGGGAAUUAUUUGAUUACAUAGUUGAGAGAGACCGACUAGAAGAAGAUGAGGCAAGAUUAUUUUUUCGACAAAUAACAUCUGCUGUAGCGUAUGUACACAACAUGGGGUAUGCUCAUAGAGAUCUUAAACCAGAAAAUCUGUUAUUGGAUGAUGACCAGCAACUUAAGUUGAUUGACUUUGGGUUGUGUGCCAACCCCGCUGGUGGUUUGGACCAGCGCCUGGCAACUUGCUGUGGGUCUCCAGCAUAUGCUGCACCAGAACUUGUAUCUGGCAGACACUACUUAGGUUCUGAGGCAGACAUCUGGAGUAUGGGGGUAUUAUUAUAUGCCCUAUUGUGUGGCUUUCUCCCAUUUGAUGAUGAAAACUUAGGAGCUCUCUACAGAAAAAUUCAGGCAGGUGUUUAUGAAAAUCCCGAGUGGUUAAGUCCAGGAAGCCGUGACCUGCUAUCAUCAAUGUUACAAGUAGAUCCUAAGAGAAGGAUCAGAGUAACACAACUCCUGGCUCAUCCUUGGCUUGUUGCUGGCCAGUCACAAGCUGUGGAUGCUACGUCUAAAUAUAAGGAUCCAGAGACAUACGGUGUAGAUGAAGAUGUGAUCACAGAGGUUGCAGUGCAUCAGGGGAAGUCUAGAGUAGCCGUGCGGCAAGCAGUAUGCCGUUGGUCUUAUGAUUAUCUCACGGCUACUUACUUCUUAUUGGUCUCACAGAAGAUGAAAGGAAAGUCACCAAGACUCAUCCCUAAAGUAACACCUCUUGGGGAGAUACCGUCACAGAGAACUCCAGCACGAUGUCUAAUAGAACAAUUAAAUCAAGAAAAACAUAACUCAUCAAAUCACACAGACUCAACAUACAACAGCCUGGCCAACUCUCCUCGAGGACUACACACAUCACUGGAGGGUGGACUCAAUGAUAUAGAUCUUCUCUCUAUAUGUAAAGCUACACCCACUGACCACAUAGUCAACAAAGUAGUUGGUCGAAUUUCCCCAUGUAAGGAAAGCGACCCAGAGCUACUGAUCACACCACUAAUAUCACCCAAAAAACGACGUCCACCAUCUAUCAGUGAUGAGGAGAAGGAGAAUUUUGCCCAACCUAGAAUACCAACACCAGGGCAUAAAUCUCGCAAGAAAGCCACUCCGACCACACCCUUACCUGGAAAGCUAUCGCCAUCCAGAUCUGUAGACAGUGGAUUAAAUGAAUUUUCAACACCGUUAAAAUCUAGAUAUUUAAUACCGAAUAAUGACGAUUGGGGCUGGACACCGGACCGUACCCCACGAUCUUCAAGAAAAGUUUUUGGCAGUAUUGAAAAACGUUUAGACAAGAUGAGAAAUAUGCUUACACCUCGCAGAAAACUGAAUUCAGAUUCUGGGCCAUUGAUUGUAGAAAGCAAGAACUUGUACAAUGUAAGCACGACAGGAAGUAGAAAUCCUGACCAGGUUCUGCAUGACCUCCGGCGGGCACUCCAAAAUAAGGGCAUCCUCUGUAACCAGAAGGGGUAUACAUUGCGUGGCAAGGUCCGUGAUGACGUAGGAGGUGCUAAACUAAGCUUUGAGUUGGAGGUGUGUCGCGUGCCACGGCUUGAUGUUGUGGGCAUCAGGCGUAAGAGACUGAAGGGGGAUGCUUGGAUCUACAAACGAGUGUGUGAGGAGAUCCUUCGCCUUGCUCAGAGCUCUUCAUCAAACAACACACCUACCUCCUCCACCACCAACACACCUGUGAAUGUUUCAACUGGUGCUGAACAAACAAAUGUGUCAGUAUAAUGUAUAUGGUGUUAUAAAUACACUUAAUUUGGGGAUAAUCAUGUACAGUUUUAAUAUCAGGAGUGGGAAGUAAUAUAUUUUUUAGAAAUCUACAUUAAAAUGUAAUAUGAAUUAUUGACUGCUAAUCUAUUUUUGUCUUGUCUCAUUAAUUGGGGCACUCGUAGUUUCUUCGAUUUUUUUACUUAACCCCUUUACUAUGGAGAUGUCACCUUUAAUGUUUUAUUUGGUUAAUACCAGACAUUUGUAUUCAGCUUAGAGAAACUCGCCACUCGCAAAGGGUAUAAAGUGUCUCCACUACUGGGAUGCCACUUUUAAUAUCGAUUUGGCAAACGCCAGAUGAUUUUAUUCAGCAGAAAGACCCCUGUAAACAAGUUAAUAAAUUAUCUUAACUAACCUCUUCUUUAUGGAAAUGACACUUUUUUUAUAUUUUAUUUAGAACAAAAUUGUAAUGCUUGACAAAAAUGUGACAUGAUACAAAAAUACAUAAAAAUGGAAUAUUAAAACCACAUUAACUUUCAUUAGGUUUACAGCCAAUCAUUUCUCUCUAAAUGAUGUUGUGUAUGUGAAAACCAUCAGUUCUUGGUAAUGUUUUUUUGUUUUGUUUUUUAUUAUUAUUAUUAUUAUUGAAAUGUACCAUUGGGUAGUAAAUUGGCUGUAAACACUACUUGUGGUGAUACCCUAACCUUGCCAAAAUUUAAAGACACCAGUAGGGUAUUACUUUAUAGCUAACUAGAAAUAAAUACUGGAAUGAUUUUCCCUGCUGCCUUAACCCUGCUAGAAGUCAUGUGGUGGUUAAAGUAAUGAAAGUUUUUAUGCAUUGGCAUCAAUGUCAAGUUAGUCUUAUGGCCGGGCAGGGUAAGGGAAAGGAUAUUCCUGUAUUUGUUAUCCAAAUUUUGUGAAAUAUAAUACUUCUCAGGAAGUUAAAAGUCACUUCAAGAUUAGAUCUGGAAGGUUUAAUUAUUUGAGGGUAUUUUUGCAGGGUUGUUUGAUUUAAAUAAAGUAUUUAAAUCACA